AUGGCUUUACACCAGCCAAGAUGCUACUUUAUGUUAAAUGAUGGUUUUGGUGAGAGCCAAGAAGCAGUUUUUGAAAGGCCCACGAUGACUAUGAAAAAUCAUUUGAAACCGUUGUUGAUUAGGGCCAAAGUGGAAGGCGUAACUAUCAACAAAGUGUUGGUAGAUUGUGGCGCCACUGUUAACAUCAUGCCACACCAUAUUCUGAGGAAGAUUGGCAAGUAUGAUACUGACAUUAGAUCCAACAACGUGGUCUUGCCUGACUAUGGGGGCAAGACAAAAAGCACCAUGGGUGUGAUCAUGGUGAAUAUCACCGUCAGUUCAGUAACCAGGCCGACACUGUUUAUGGUGAUAGAUGCCAAGCCAAGUUACAACUUGCUACUCGGCAAAGAAUGGCUCCAUGGCGUCAGAGCCGUACCAUCUUCAUCACAUCAAAGAUUGGUGAUUUGGAGAGAAGAUGGAGUGGUCUAA